AUGUCUUUUCCCACAGAUAUCCCAGAUUGGAAUAACCUCAACGUCAUUCACAGAGGUACGCUUCCACCUAGGGCGCACUUCUAUCAAUAUGUUUCAGAAAAAGGAGCCCUUUCGCUAGACCGAAACGAGAGUGAAUAUGUAUCGCUAAACGGGACUUGGAAGUUUCGCCAUGAUGAAUCCCCUUUUGAAGCACCUGACUGGGCAUCAGCCGAUCCCUUGAGCUGGGAUGAUAUUCAGGUCCCAGGAAUGUGGCAAUUGCAAGGAUACUCUCAUCCGACCUACACCAAUGUCAACUAUCCAUUUCAUGUGAACCCUCCUCACGUUCCAAUUAUCAACGAGACUGGGUCGUACUGGAAGGAGUUUACUACACCACCGAAAUGGGAUCAACAACAGAUUCGACUCCGCUUUGAGGGUGUUGACAGCGCUUUUCACCUGUGGGUAAAUGGAGAGCAGGUCGGCUAUUCUCAAGGCUCGCGCAAUCCUGCAGAGUUUGACAUCACUUCUGUUCUUCUCCCGGCUGGAUCAAUGAACACCAUCGCAGUCCGUGUCUAUGAAUUCUGCGAUGGGUCAUAUAUUGAGCGACAAGACCAAUGGCUCUUGAGUGGUAUCUUCAGGGAUGUUGGCUUACUGGCUUUCCUGUCAGAUUCGAUAACAGACUUCAGCGCCGUCGCAACUCUUAGUGAAGAUCUCUCAUUGGCAACCCUUGAUACAACCGUCAAAAUCCAGGGCACUCAUAGCAACAUUGAGGCCAAGUUAUAUAAACCGAAUGGCGGACUGAUGCAUUGUUCGACGUUCUCAUCUACCGAAAAUAGCAUCAUCCAGGUAUCAGGGAAUGAUCUGCAUCUCUGGUCCGCCGAGAACCCCGUCUUGUAUACCCUAUUGAUUACAUUCAACGGCCGAACCAUUCCACAGCGCAUCGGCUUUCGGCGUGUUGAACUGAAAGAUUCAAAUUUCUUGGUUAACGGGAAGCCUAUCAUCCUCUAUGGCGUUAAUCGGCACGAACACCAUCACCUUCAUGGCCGGGCGGUACCUUAUGAAAGCAUGCGUGAAGACCUUAUCAUGAUGAAAAGGCACAACAUCAAUGCGCUCCGAUGUUCCCAUCAACCAAAUGAUCCUCGUCUAUACGAUGUCUGCGAUGAGCUUGGUCUAUACGUCAUGGCUGAGGCAGAUCUUGAGACUCACGGAUUCGCUCCCGUUGAGCGUUCAAACAUUCCCAACCAGCAUCUCAUGACCGAAUACGAGAUCCAAGAAACAUCCUACAAGAUGGCAAAAAGGUGGACUUCCGACAACCCAGAAUGGAAGGAUGCUUACCUUGACCGAGCCAUCGAGCUAGUUGAGCGAUUCAAAAAUUUCACCAGCAUUAUCAUGUGGUCUCUCGGAAAUGAGGCUUUUUAUGGCCAAAACCACGUUAGCAUGUAUAAGUGGAUCAAGAACGCCGAUCCGACGCGUUUGGUCCACUACGAGGGUGACCGGGAGGCUCUAAGUACCGAUCUUUACUCUACCAUGUACUGGAGUAUCGAUGCCCUCAAGAAGCAUGUUGCUGAGAAAACCGAUAAGCCACUGAUUCAGUGCGAAUAUGGCCAUGCCAUGGGCAACGGUCCUGGAGGAUUGAAAGAAUACAUCGAAGCUUACCGCACAGAAAGACUUCUCCAAGGGGGCUUUAUCUGGGAGUGGUGCAACCAUGGUCUUCGAAAGAGGGAUGGAGACACUUCAUACUAUGCAUACGGUGGCGACUUUGGAGAUGAACCUAACGACGCAGACUUCAUUCUCGAUGGACUGGUUUUUUCCGACCACAAACCAAGCCCCGGACUGAUCGAGUACAAGAAAGUGAUCGAGCCAGUCACGGUGUCGCUGUGUCAAAAUGAGCGACGUCUGGAACUGGUAAACCGCUAUGACUUCAAUACACUCGAUCAUCUUUCUGCAUCAUGGCAUCUUGUCACAGACACCAGCACUACCGAGCCCAAAGACUGGGACUUGCCGCAAAUCAAGCCUGGUCAAUCCAAGGUGCUUGAUUUCCCUGGAGACGUAAGCUUUGCCACUAAGCCAACGUGGCUCACUAUCAACUUCUGUUUAAAGAGAGAUAUGGCAUGGGCGCCUCGUGGACAUGAGAUCGCCUGGGCACAGGUCCCGCUACACAAGACCGAAGAUUUCACUACCCCUGCGUCUUUGAGCCCUCCACACAUGAUAUUAUCCUUACGUGAAGGACCAGGUCGACUCUACGUCACCUCGAAUGCCCUUGGGUCUAGUUUCACUUACGAUCUAAUUCGAGGAUAUUUGUCUUGGUUCACUGAUAUGGGCAAGAUCUUCCACCGCGGGCCACUGCUAGGUAUAUACCGUGCUCUAACCCAAAACGACCUUGGCCUGGAGGGUCCCUGUGUGGAAUGGGACCGCUUCCGUGUAAGGAGCACUCGGAUGCUUAUCGAAUCUGCUACCUGGAAUGUUAACGAUAACGGAAGCGUGUCCAUUACUACAAAUGUUAGGGUUGCGCCUACGGUGCUGGAGUGGGCAAUGGAGGCCACCCUCACUUACACUAUCACCGAUUCAUCUGUCAGUCUUCACGUCAAAGGAUAUUUUAGCGGCACACAUCCAAAAUACAUCCCGCGACUUGGCUUGACUCUUCGAUUGCCCCGUCGUUACGAUGCUGCCACAUGGUUUGGCAGAGGUCCUGGAGAAUCUUACCGCGACACGAAGGAAAGUGCCCGCUUUGGCAGAUACACUGCUUCUCUAGAUAAUGGACUAGAGACCCCAUACGAGUGGCCGCAAGAAAAUGGUAACCGUGUGGAUACGCGAUGGGUGCGGUUACAUUCAUCGCUUCCAGAUACCUCAUAUUCGGCGUCUGUCGCGGCUCAUUCCCCUUUCCCGCAGAUGCAGGUCUCGAUGGACAAACCCUUUAGUUUUUCCUUGCGAAAAUAUGCUAUGGAUGAGAUUGACCGCGCAAAGCAUCCCCAUGAACUUUCGGAGUUGGAUGAUGAGACUGAACUCAACAUUGACUAUUUACAUGAUGGAAUUGGUACUGCUAGCUGUGGUCCUGGUCCUUUUGAGGCUCACAGGCUGGAGGCCGGGCCAUUUGAAUUCACCACCAUAUUCAGUCUUGUCGAAUGA